UGUACCAUACAAUUAUUAUGGGUUUAGUGGUCGGAUUAUAUAUUUUAAUUACAUAAUUAGUCUUUACUAAAAAUCCUACUUCUUCUUUCUCAUAUUCAACUACAAGAGUCAUUGUCGGCUGACCAAAGAUUCCUUCAACCUCAACAAAAAAAAUGCAGAGAUGGCAGAAGAGGAAAACCCAUUACCCAAUUAUUGCGCUCGUCUUCUUUGUGUUCAUAGCUUUCUCGAUUCUAUACAACGAAUCCUACAUUCAAGUGAUUCAAGAAAACAGUGACGUCAGCAAUGGCGACGAGCAGCGAUCUAUCAUCCAAGAUACUUCUUUGCUCAAUUCCGCUCCACCCCAGAUUUUUAAUCUCUCCAAAAAACCUCCAGUGGGGUUGGAUAAAUUUACUAAAUGCGCUUCCACGGUGAGGUAUAGUGGCAGAAGAGCUGUUUCAGCCGUUCGUCGGUCGGAUUCCGGCGGCAGAACGGCGGCUCCGGCGGCGGAAGGCUGUGACUUGUUUUCUGGGAAAUGGGUUUUCGACAACGUUUCGUAUCCGCUGUAUGAAGAAUCUAAUUGUCCGUACAUGUCUGAUCAAUUGGCUUGCCACAAACAUGGGAGGCCUGAUUUGGAUUACCAGUUCUGGAGAUGGCAACCCAAAAACUGCAAUUUGAAACGGUGGAAUUCGACGGAAAUGUGGGAGAAAUUGAGGGGGAGGAGAUUAAUGUUUGUCGGAGAUUCUUUGAAUAGAGGGCAAUGGAUAUCAAUGCUGUGUUUGUUGCAGUCUUCAGUUCCGGCCGAUAAACAGUCGAUCACACCUAAUUCGGAACUUACGAUUUUUAGAGCAGAGAAUUAUAAUGCUACGAUUGAGUUUCUGUGGGCCCCACUUCUUGUUGAAUCCAACUGCGACGACGCAGUUGACCAUCGAAUGAACGAGAGAAUACUGCGCCCGGAUUCAAUAUUUAGGCAUUCGUCGAGAUGGGAGCAUGCUGAUAUACUUGUGUUCAAUUCGUAUUUGUGGUGGAGACAGGGUCCAGUUAAGCUCUUAUGGAGCAAUGAAGAGAAGAAUGUUUGUCAAGAAAUUAGUGGGCUUGGAGGAAUGGAAUUAGCUAUGGAAAAAUGGGCUGAUUGGGUCGACUCUCGUGUUACUGAUCCACUUCAAAAGAAGGUUUUCUUCGUUACCAUGUCGCCUACGCAUCUAGGGAAAGAAGAGUGGGAGGCGGGAGGUGAAGGGAAUUGCUAUAACGAGAAAGAGCCGAUUAUGAACAACGAGAGGUAUUGGGGAAGCGGUUCGGAUUUGCCAACAAUGCGUAUGGUGGAGAAAAUAUUGAGUAAAUUAGGUUCGAAAGUUUCGGUUUUAAAUAUAACUCAGUUAUCGGAGUAUAGAAAAGACGGGCACCCGACAAUUUAUCGCAAAUUUUGGGAGGCGUUGAGCUCGGAGAAUAUGGCAAAUCCUUCUACGUAUUCCGAUUGCAUGCACUGGUGUUUGCCUGGUGUCCCUGAUAUUUGGAACCAAUUACUAUUCCAAUUUUUGUGAUUAAAAAUUAAUUAAGUUAGGGUUUUAUUUUAAUUUGUGCAUGAAUGAAUAUGAUCUUUGGUUGUAUUGUAUCUAUCUAUUAUGUACAUUUCGAACGAUCAAGUGAAAAUUUGAGUGGAAUUUGGCGUUUCGUGACGAGAUAUCGAUUUGCGGAAGUCGAAUUAGAUGGAAAUUUUAGUUUC